GAAGAGAGAAACAUGAUUUGCACUCUCUCUCUCGUUCACCGUGCAAAUAAAAAAUUGUCCCUACGCGGAGCAGAAAGAAAAAUUUUGCUGAUCAAAAAGUGCAUGUUUUUCCGGGUAUCAAUCCCAAUCCGGCCACAAUAGUGCCACCAAAAUGUGACCCAAGUGGGAAGAAAGUGAAUGAUAUAUAAUUCGACCCGCAAGUGCUUAAAUUGAGGGGGCAAUUAGAAAACGAAAAGUGCCCAUUCGGCUGCUGACAGGCGAUUUCUUUCUACUUGUGGAAGAAAAAAUCAAAAUGGUUGUAUCGAAAGAUGGUAAGCGGCGAAGGAAAGUUGGAUCCGUAGCGGCUGUCGGUGCGAAUACUGCAAGCGGCUCUACCAUCAACAGCCCGUCUGGUGGUUCUUCCUCCGGAAAUACUUUGCGAGGAGGCAAUAGUGCUGGAAACAGCCUUGCGAUAGUUUCCAGUUCGGCAAAUGCAAGAGAAACCCCCGAUAGAGAUCUCUCGCCGGAGGUUCCAAAAAGACCAAAAGUGCAAGCGCAGCGGAAGUUUGCCCAAGGCCAAGGGGCCGCUUCCACCUCAACGUAUCUAAAUUUCACUACUAACCCAACAAAUCCGCCAAAAGAUGGCCAAAGUCGGUCGCAGAGUGCAACCGAAGCCGGUCCUAUUCCGGAGCUUUUGCCCAACAUGCGCCCGAACACGGAAGAUUUUCUUACGUUUCUUUGUUUCCGUGGAACACCCGUACUUCCGCCUAGCUUAGAUUUUUUUAACACUGCGGCCCAACAGCAAGCUUCUGGAUCCGACAGUAGGCAACCUCCGUCAGCACCAGCAGAAAACAACAACUCAUCAGUUGCUGCCCAACAAACUGCUUCGAGCUCGAAAAGAGACGAACAAGUGUCUCAAACAAGUAAAGAUCCGGCUUCGCCCCCAGUUGGUUCCAAACAGGAUGAGCAUGAAAACAAGAAAUCCGAGGCGACCCACGAUAAACCAACAUUUAUGCCAUUUGCAGUCCGGAAGCGUGCUGAACAGCACCCUGAAAGUCGGCGAGUGCAAACCGUGCAAGCGCUCAGAAAGAAAUACCACGAACAAAGAAUGGCCAAACUUAGGGUCACGGCGUAUAACAAACAAGCGAGGAACGUUAAGAGCAGACCUGUGCCGGAAGUCACUGACGAGACGAAUGAGGCGGUGGAUGUGGGAAAAGGAGAGCCAGAACGGACGACUGAAGCCGCAAAGAAAGAGAAAGUUGUGUCAGUGAAGAAAAAAAUUGUUACGAAAAGAAACACAAGAACAGCUGCAAAAUCCGCUAGGAAGGAAGACAUAAAGGAAUUGAUCGACAUCAAGGUAGUUUUGAACAAAGAAGACGUCGAAAUGAGCAACGUGGAAACAGAGACUGAGAAACAUGAUACGGCAGAACCAUGUACGAAAGUUACGACGGAGAAAACGCCUCCUAAAUCUAAAAUGAAAGGGGGCAAAAAGAAGACUAUCAACGCUGACGAUAAUAACGAGAAGAGAACUACAAGGUUGUCGGCGCUAAGAAGUACUCCCGCUAAACCAGUAUCUCCCGUUUCGAUCCCUAUGGCUACUCCACCAAAGGUGGAGAAUGACGCGAGAACUUCCGUCGAACAAGAUUUUUCAUCAGACGAUGAUGAACCACUUCUUAAGAGAGCAGCGACCAAGAAGAAGACAAAUAACAAGAACGUCAACACAAGAAAGGGACGAAAAUCCGAACCACUUCCAGAAAAAUCCUCGAAAGAACUUCCAGAAAAAAGACCCAGAAGAUCGGAGUCGGUUAGCAGAAGAUCGGACGUGAGUUCAAAGAAAUCCGAAAUUCCUACUAUCAAAGCUACCCGCGGCAGAAGAAAACAAGAUGCAUCCACUCCUUCUCCUAAGGCUUCGGAAAAAGAAGACAAAGAAGAACCGAAGCUAUCACCUCCAACGCCGCCAACGCCAACUAUUGAACCAACCAAAACGACUGAGGGGAAAGCCAAAGCUGCUGUCGAAAACAAACAGGAACAUUCUCCGCCAACUCGACAGACUGCAGCUAGUCCAGUAAGAAGGAACGCUGGGAGAAAGAAGAAGGCAGAUUCAGCCGUUACUCCAGAAACACAAGAAAUAGAGGAAAAGAAACUGAAGAAAUCGCCAGAACCUCUGAUUGAAACCAAUUCUAGACCAAGUCGUAAAACAAAAGAAGCAGCCACAUUGUACAUGGAACUCAUUGGUCGGAAAUUCAACCAUGACGAUAAGUCUGAUGAUGAUGCCUCCUCGCUGGAUAGUCUAGAGUUACCCAAUGUGCGCAAGUUGGAACAGAUUGAGAACGAACUCAAAGCUAAUGCUGGAAAGAAAGAAACAAAAGCAAAGUCUACGAGAAAAGAUCGAAAGAAAAAAGAUCCGGUAGAAUUGAAAACACCUCAAGAAGAUGAAGAAUCAAAAGAGGUUAUUCUUCCUGAACAGCCUCAGCAGAAAGUCGUCGAGAAGAGCUUUAGUGAUUCUGAUGAGGAACCGCUGGCCGCUAAAUUCCAACGCAAGAAGCAUCAAAUUCGCCAGAAACUGAAAGAUAAGGCAAGGUCGAGAAGGGCUUCCCCAGUCAAGAAGAGCCCAACGAAAUCCGCCCAAGCUACAGCGGAAGUUAUUGAUUCAACGGUGGACAACGACAUUCCAGAAAAAAUUCUCAACAUCGCUAAUGAUUCUUCUCCGGAGAAACGUCUUCCCUCUCCGCUGCCGGAAGCAUCACCCGAUGCCAAAGCUUCUCCAAAACUAGGCACUCCACCGAAGACUUCGAGUCCAAAAAUGUUUACACCCCAGAUGUUAAGUCUUCCGCCCCAACUGGCCGGUUCUGAUAUAUUUCGAUCACCUGGAACCGACGAUGUGGUGUCUACGCGUGUCAAUAAAUCCCUCGAUAAUACAUUCCAGUCAGCGACGGCGGACGGGAACUUCACACCUACGAAGCAAACGACACCGCAACAGCAACCGUUCAUUCGUGCAAUCAAACCGCUGCCGAUCAAAUCACCUGAGGCUUUUGCGGACAAACCUACAGGUACCUCUCAGCAGGAGAUACCUUUCAAUCGAAAUGUGAAGAACGAUUUUUGCAUGGAUGAGUCCGAUUUCCUGAAAGGUUUCGAGCAGAGCUCACCCACUUCACCAGUUGCUCCGAAAUCGAACUCUCUGCUUGGAAAUCUUCUUCCGAGCAAGGAGGAGUCUGAGAAAAUUUUUGGAAUUGCGAGCGUAAGUUUGGCGCAAAGCUCUGGCCCAUUGGAUACCAAAUGUACCUUAGGGAAGUGCGGUUCCGUACACAAACCUCCUUUGGGUCCUCCAGUGUUGACAGAAUCGCUACUCGGUGGUCACCUGUCCCCUCGGGACCGACGGAAAACAAAAGUUAACAUGACCCACGAACAGAUCCAGAAAUGGAUAGACGAAACCUCUUGGUCUCCCGUUCCGGACGAUUUGGAAGGCGAUUUAAAGGUACUAGAGACACCAAAAACACCUACCCAAACUCCUCCGGCAACGGCGUGGGAAAAGCUUGGUGAAACCAAAGCUGAGCCCAUCGUUGAACAAACAUCGGCGCCGGUGCAACCCAAAAAAGAAGAAGAAGUGAAGGCGCCAACGCCCCAACCUAGUGGAAAUGGUUCGCGGGGACCAACACUCAAAGCCAAACCAGUCACGGUUAAACCCGAAAUGGAAGCGCCCAAAGAGUGCUUUCAGGAAGAAUCAAAAUCUCCGGCGAAAAAACCACUCAAAGAAGAUGUGAAGGAGGAGGAAAACGUCAAAGUGGUCGUAAAGGAGCGAUCGCCUUCACCUGUGAAGAAAGAAACUAAAAAGGAUACCAAGAAAGCAAAGACAGAAGUUCCGAAGGUAAAUUCUGCCCCUGCAAGUGCACUUGCUACAAGUGCAGUUGCCGCCCCAUCUGCCGAUAGAAAACCAAUCUACAAGCAGGGUAGAACCCCCGUUUAUAAACAAGAGGCCUUAAAACCACAGAAAUCAAACAGUGCAGCAGCAGCGACUAAUAAAUUCGGAGCAUUCUCGCCGGAAAACGAAACGAGCGUGUAUUCGUUCGAUAAUGAGGACAGUUUUGUGCAAGCUACCACUACUCCCUACCGCAGACAUAGUCGCCGAGAAUCUUGUAACUCCUCUGCAAGGGACGAGGUACAAGCCCCCGUCGUUGCAACGAGCAAAAAGGAAGCUACUGCGCAAGAGGAUAAAGCCGCAGUAGCAAAUUCAGCAUUCCAAAAACCCGUCAAUUUGAGCACACCGGCUAAAUCGGGCCCUCAACAGCAGCCAGCAGUGAGUUUAACGUUGAGUCCAGAUGAAAACACCAAAUCAACAGCCAUCGCCGUUCGUUUGGAUGAGCAACAGAGAAAAACGGACGAGGAAGUUAAGAAACCCGGAGAAAAGAGACAAAAUGCAGAAGAUUCCGAAGAUGAAGGUGGUCACACAUUUUACAUUCCGUUACAGGGUCCUAAUGCGAGUGGAAGUGGUAAAUCGGACCAAUUAAUCCAGGGUGUGGCUGUGAAGCUGGGAACUGAAGGACCGGAAGGUCCAAACCAACGGGUGAUUAUGCACGCCAAGCUUGUGACCAAAGCACAAAUGGGAUCAAAUACAACACCAAUUCCGGAAUCGAUGAAUGUUCAAGAGUUGGUGAAGAGCUUGAUGGCUGCUGGACCGGGAAUGAGCAAAGAUGGAAUUUCCAAAAUGGUCCCCGUGGGAACGGUUCAACCUCGAUUUAAAUCAAGUGAGCCCGCAACUAUUGAAAAGUCUCCUGCUCCACAACCAGCACCAGCACCAGUUGCCACAACAGAAGAUUCUCGAGGGGGCCUGUCAAGGAUUAAUUCAAAUUCUUCACUUAAUUCAUCCCAGAGAUCGAAACCCAACAAGGCCAAGGCGAAGGUGGAUACUCAAGUUCAACCAGACAAUAAUACGGCCUUCCCCCGCAGGGACGAUCCUCCCCAGAUGGUGGAAGCCCCCGUUUUCAAACCGAACGACAAAGAAUUCCACGAUCCAAUUGAAUACAUUGAAAGGAUCGCUCCAGUUGCGGCACGCUUCGGAAUUUGUCGAAUAAUACCGCCGCCGAGUUUCAAACCGGAAUGCCGAAUAACGGAUGAUAUGCGAUUCAUGGCGUACAAUCAGUAUGUACACAAGAUGCUUCAUCGGUGGGGACCGAGUGCCAAAGAGUAUGCCGCUAUAAAGAAGUAUCUAGCCACUCAGAGUAUCAACCUGACAAAUCCGCCGUUGAUCGGUGGAAUGGAGGUGGAUCUUCCGAGGUUGUACCACACUGUCCAAGAGAUUGGAGGGCUUAAGGAGGUGAUAGAAAAGAAGAAGUGGGCUCGGGUAGCGGAGGACAUGUGCAUUCCAAAGUCAGCGCAUGAUCGGGUUUCGAAAUUAGACGAUAUCUACUGUAAAUAUUUGCUGCCGUACGAUACUUUGUCACCGGCAGAGAGACAGAAGCUGUUCGACGAGGUGGAAGCGGAUUGGGCCAAACGGGAGGCAAAGGCUCGCCGAAACGCUGAUAAAUGUGUCAGUUCGGAGACACGAAAUAGCGAAGAUUCCGAGGAUGAGGAAGAGGAUUCCAAUGAAGAAGAGGAGGACGAUGAAUACUCGAUGGAGUGUAUUAUGAAAGGGAGGAACAUGCCUCUGAAUCAGUUCUUCCGAAUAGCACGAAAUACAAUGGCACUUUGGUUUAAAAAUUCGGAACCCACUGUUGCUGAAAUUGAGAGCGAAUACUGGAGGCAUGUUGCAGUUCGAGAUAGCCACGUUUGCGUCCAUUCCGGGUCGAUAGAUUCAAGCGCGUAUGGUUUCGGGUUUCCAGCUCCCAAGAUCAAAGGAUCCUCAUGCGCCAAGCAUCCUUGGAAUCUGAAAGUCCUAACCAACAACAGCGGUUCGAUUCUUCGCUCCCUAGGUCCGGUUAUGGGGAUAACCAUUCCAACGUUGCAUGUCGGUAUGCUGUUCAGCGCUUGCUGUUGGUAUCGGGAUCCACAUGGUUUACCUUGGAUAGAGUAUCUUCAUACUGGCGCUAGCAAGAUUUGGUAUGGUGUUCCCGACGAUCAGAAUUCGAAUUUCCGGGCCGCUUUAACGUCCCUGGUGCCAACACACUGUCAGAAUAAAACGAUAUGGUUACCGUGCGACACUGCGAUGGUACCUCCGCAUAUGCUGACCGAUCGAAAUGUGUCCCUGUGUCGAGCCGAGCAGCAGCCCGGACAGUUUGUGGUGGUAUUCCCGAGAGCCUACACGUCGAGCCUGUGCACCGGCUAUGCGGUCUCCGAGAGCGUCUAUUUUGCAUCCACUUCGUGGCUGGACACCGCAAAGGAAGACUUUAGGGACAUUCAAGAAAGCUGUGAGCCUACCAUGUUCUCCGUCGAACAAUUGGUCUUCGCUAUUGCCAACGACCAGCGCAGUAAUCACGACACUCAAGUGCAACUUCUACCGAUGAUUUUGGAUAUCUUCGAAAAGGAAAAACAACAAAGACAAACAUUGAAGGAUCACGGUGUCAACAAAUCGGAGAAGAUCGAAACAAAGAAGAAAACAGCUUCGCUGGAGGAGUUUGAAUGUGAUAUCUGUCGAGCGAAUCUGUAUUUGUCGCUGAUUCGGGUAAAGAUAACCAGCGAGGAUGAUGAUACGGUAGAUGAGGAGGAACGAAUAUAUUGUCUUAAACAUGCAAUUAAAUUCCUCUCCGACAGCCGAUUGCCGGCCAAAUUUUGCAAAUUGGCAUAUACCUAUUCACUGGAAGAUAUCGAAGAACUGAUACGAAAGCUUCAGGAUCGAAUAGCGAACAAGAAAGGAGUCAAAUCUGGUGCCGGCAGUAGUGCCGGGGGUGGGGGAGGAGGAGGUCGAGGUAAAUCUUCACUACAUCUUGCUUCAACGUCUUCGCAGUCUUCGUCAUCAUAUCACGCGCCUAGUCACAGCAAGUUUGCCGGAAUGGCGACGAUGCUAAAAUAAGUGUAGAAAUUCUUUACCGGUUGGUGUGUUUGUGUGCGGUUUGUUUUUGUUUUGUUUUUUUUAAUCCAACGACUAAAUAGGCCACUUGUGCAGAUCCUUACAAGAUAAGAUUAUUUACAUUGCUAUGUAACAGAAUAUUUUUACAAUUUAAUAUUAAGCGCAGAAUUAAGUCUUCACAAAAGUUCUAGAAUUCUGAUUUCGGUAAUUGUACAUAAUACAUAACAGUCCACAAAUCAGUCUAAAUGUUUUACCAACCUUCAAAAGUGUUUUCUUUGAAGAUAGUUUGGUUUGAACAAUAUCUUCGUUUUAGACCGUAACUGUGUUGGAAUUAUAUGGGGAAUGUAUAUAGUGAUGCAAUGCAAAAGGUUGUCCCUUUUUCUAUUUCUCAAUUCACCUCGGCAAACACGCAACAUGUUCCGAGAUGUACGUUGCACUACGGUACAUGUAAUUAUGAAAAUGAACUAGUUCGAAGCAGUAACCGUUCGAGGGAACAUGAAUUGAAGCCGGGGGAAAUGCCCUCUCACCUGCAUUACCGAAAUAAUGCAUUACUAUCAAUAUCCAGUAUUAAACAGAACAUAACAUCAAUGAACACAUGCAUAGUCGAGAAUGAUCAUAAUUUUGUGUGUGCUGCAGGAGCGAUAGAAACAUAUAUGUACGACAUAACACACAUGGCAGUAAUUCAGUAGUCAAACUACAAUUAAAUAUAUAUUUUAAAGUAUUGAAAACUAACAUUCAAAGGAAUUAAAUUCAAGUGUUUGCGGUAUAAGGGUACAACAAUAGGCAUAUCCACAAAAUCACAGUAAUUGUUGCUUCUGCACAAUUAUAAAAAAAUUAAACAAUAUUAUUCAAAACCAGCUCCCAAUCUGGCUUUUUCGUAUAUUGUGUUUGUUUAACACAUGCGCUUCAUAUUCAUAUUAAAUUCCCAACUUUACAGACAUACAUAAUUUGUGGAAUAACAAUGAGUAAUAUCAAUGUAAAUAUAUGUGUUACUAAAUAGUAAAAAAAAUAUAUGUUUGCAAUAUAAAGUGCAAUCCGUAUGCUGCGUACCGAAAAUAAUAGAACGACCACACUUCAUUGAAUAGAAAUGUACAUCACACUCCUAUUUUCCAAUCGGUUUGAGUUUGAGUUUGAGCUCUCAGCAAAUGUGUCCUUCAAUGAAAUAUGUACAUAAACUAGGUCUAAAGUGGGUGGUUGCAUUAAUCAGAAAAUAGGAAAAAAAACAAUACGAUAAUCAUUAAUGCAUUUACAGAAAUGGAUCACAAGUGAGCAUGUUUUUUUUUAUUUUAAGUGAAUUCAAACUAUGUAUAACAAACAGCGUAACUAAAUAGAAAUCAUACCACUCUAUAUUGGAAUUAGUUUACGCAGAUUAUAUAUUGAGAUGGUAAUAUAUCGAGAGAUUUAAAAUAUAAAUACCGGAACAUUUCUCAUAGAAGAAAUUGAACAAUAUACUAAGAUAACUAUUGUAGAA